CAUGCCGCCCUUUCCAGCCUACCAUCGACCGCUCAGCCUCCCCUACAGUCGCCAGCAAGACCUUCCCGCUUUGCUGCUUCGAGCUGACCCAAGUUCCUCAGUAGAGUCUUCCCCCAGCACAACAGGAGACAGUAUCUCAGCGUCAGACCUAAUCCUAGAAGCAGAAGAGCACUGGAAUGUUUCUGCUAAAUCAAUUCUAGCAGCAUGGGGUUUAACAGCAGCCGGCGCGGUCAUCAUAGUUCUCCUCUACUCGUUAGCACGACCUCGAUGGAAGCUCAUUUACCUUCCACGACUCAAGAUUCGCAAACCUUCGCGCACACCAAAAGAAAAGAUUGAAGAAAAACAAAUGCUAGCAGAAAUGGACGAACACGAACGGAAGAAAUAUCUGGAACAGAAGGAAAGCAAUAAGCCUACUUACUAUCCAGAAGGAAAGAACAAUCCGGGACAAUGGAUAGCCCGAGCACCCAAAUCGGAGAACGGGUUUUUCGGAUGGCUGAUACCCACUUUGAGAGAAAUAUCCAUCGAGUGCAAGUCGGCCAUGCCUAAAUUUCUUCGCUCAAUGUGGGCUGGUCGAAGUAAAAAUAUGGAUGAAAAGGCCACGGGAAAUCCCGGUUUAAGUGUGUUUGAACAUGACUUGAAACUGCUACACAUGCUCGGGUUGGACGCAAUGGUUUAUCUUCUUUUUCUCCGACUUUUGAAAUACCUCUUCUCCGCAAUGUCCGUUCUGGCAGGUCUUUUGGCCAUCACAAACUACUACCUCAACACGCAAACCACAUACGGCAGCACGAGUACGAUCUCUUCUUCUGGGGGCGAGGAUGAUAUAACAAAACGAGACAGUCCAAGUUCAUCAAGCUCAGAAACUUCGAACAACACCUCCAUAAUAGAUAACCCCCAGCUAUUAACUGCUGCCAAUGUCACCAGCAAUGGUCUUUUGGUCCACAUCUCGUUCGAAUGGAUCGUGACAAUGAUGAUCAUAGUCUUUGUCCUCAAGACAUCUGCUCAUCACUUGAAAAUUGUGCAAGAAUGGACUCAUUUGAAUUAUAAUGAAGUCGCUUUCAAAACGUUGAUGAUCACCAAUCUAUCGCUUCGCCAGAACAAAGCAAAAUCAAUUGUGACUGUUGCAGAUGCCAAACGUGAGAUAAAAUCUCUUGUUCUCGGUGCAGAAAGGGGCAAAAUCGAUGCCAGGGUUUGGUUCGCCAUACAUAACAUGAAUCCUUUGCAUGAGAAGAUGGAAACAUUCAAGAAGAAGCAUUUCAACUUGGCGAUUAAAGCCGUUGCCAUGGAAACUUUCCAUGGAAGAGGUGCGGGAGUUCUUUACGAUAGCUGUACAGGAAGAAUGUGUGGGCGAUCCAAAUCUGCUUCGAGUAGAGUGGUUGAAGCGUUCAAGGAGAAACUCGAAAUUGAAGAGCUUCAAGAUCGUAUCCGCCAAGGACAAGUUGAUGUUCGUCACACGGAUCUUUCCGGCACAAUCACAUCAGCCUUUGUCACUGUUCCCAGUGCCAAACAAGCUCGUGAAAUCUUGAAAAAUGUGAAAGACGACAUGAAGCGGGCAGGUUACCAUAUUCAACGAGCACCACGUUCUCACAACGUUCUCUGGAAGAACCUUGAAAAGGAUGUCAAGUCACGCCAUUCACAUGCAAUCAUAGGCAAAUUUGCUCUCGUAAUUAUUUGUUUCGUGAACACUAUUCCGCUCAUGAUUGUAACUGUCUUAGCCAAUCUGGGUACAGCCAUAGAUCGCUGGCCAACUCUGGCAAAGCUCGAAGACUCCUCUGAGAUCUGGAAAGCCAUCUUCACCGUCCUUGCAGGAGUUCUUCCAGCCACUAUUUCGGCCAUGUUCUCCUAUAUCCUUCCAUAUAUCAUGCGACGGCUUUCUCGUUGGUCAGGCGCUCUUACUCGGGGUCAAUUGGAUAAGGCCGUCAUCAGACAGCUCUUCAUCUUUCAACUAGUAUCCAAUUUCAUUGUGUUUUCUUUGCUUGGCGUCGUGUAUGAAACAUAUCUAACCAUCUCGGAAGACAUUGGGAAAGAAAGCUGGUCCACUAUCUAUGCAGGUCUGGGUGAUGUCCCAGCCAAAGUCACUCAAGCAUAUAUCUCUGAAAGCCUGUACUGGCUGUCAUGGUACCCGAUUCGCUCAGUAGUGGCGUGCUUACAGCUCCUCCAAAUACCAAGACUCAUUUUAAAGACGCCUCAGUUACUGAUGAUCAAAACACCUCAUGACCUGGCGGAAGUGGCGCAGCCAGAAAAUUUUGAGUACGCGAUCGAGUAUUCACACGUGCUCUUUGCUAUGGUAGUAGGUCUGAUGUACGCUCCACUGGCCCCAAUCAUUGUUAUAUGCGCGGCCAUUUACUUUUGGGCACUAUACAUCAUUCACAACAAUCAGCUUAAAUUUGUAUUUGACUCCAAGGAAACAGAUGGAAAGUGCUGGAAGAUCUUGAUAAAUCGCGUCCUUAUCGCGACCGUCUUCAUGCAGCUGUUCAUGGUGUUAACCUGCACUCUUAAGACGCAGUCGGCGGCGAUGGCAGUUGGUGCUGGACUUCCGGUUGGCAUUAUUUUCCUUUUUAAAAUGUAUCUUCGGCGUCAUUACCAUCCGGAUGGCGAGGUUUUCUCGCAGUAUAUCGACAAGUAUGAAGACGAUGAUACCAGACAUGGGGAAUGGGCCCCUGAGUAUGAGCAUGAGUUACUGAGAGAAGAUUGGAUGCCAAAAAUCAAGACGGUAAAGAAUGCCAAGCUCAUGAGUGUCGCUAUGCGUGAAUUCCCCAAGUUGAAAGAGCUAUUAAGGGUUGGCAGGAAAGCGGACGGUGAAAAAUAUAGAGGCUUGAUGGACAAAAAACGGCGUAAAAGGGUGCGAGAGAAGGGAUGAAUGGUACAUACUGAUAUAGUAU